UUCAAUUUAACCUGAAUAUUUUGACAUGACGCUUAAUUUAUUUGAUACCAGUAGCACAAAAUCGUUGUUCAAGAUGGCCAACAGCUGUCCGUAACAUUUUCGCGCUCUUUUCAAGUUGGCCGUUAUACGCCAAUCAGCGCGCUCAAAAUUGAACCAAUCAGAAAGGGCGCAAAAAUACAGGAGGGUAUAUAUACAAGCCCUCCCGUAACCCAGCAUCAGUCGCAAAACAACAGUGUCACGAUGAACAUCGCCUCCUUAGUAUUCCUUCUCUUUUUGAUUCCUGCUGGCCCGGUCACCAUCCCGGAAUGGCCAGACAUGUAUGAUGUUGUACAGGGCAUGUGGACAGAAGCAACUUGGCGCAUUUCGCAAAUGCUCUCCAGUGUGGACGAGAAUGUCUUCCAUCUGUCGGCGUCUCUCGCCACCAGCAGCAUUUGUGCUUUGGACUCUCUGUCCACUUUUGCUAUCACCAUUAUCUCAGACACUUAUUCAUUGUUGAUUUACAUGCUGGGCAAUGUUGAGUUAUGCUUUAUUCAGUUUGGGGAUCACGCCGUCAGUGUGACAGUUUGUGUUUUUGGGUGCUGUGGCAACAUUUUGGACAACAUUUCAUCACUCUUUGGACAAUGUUUGGGAUUCAUGGAACAAGUUCUUUCGGUUCAUAAACUCUCUCUCGUCAUGGAUUUUCUUUCUUCCUUUUCUACAAAAGACUGUGUACGUUUGGGUGCUGGUUUCAUCUUCGUGGCUUUGUGUGUAUCAGUUAUUUGGAUGGGGCUUGAGAUGAGGGAGCAUCUAGGGCGGAUGCACAGGGCAGUGGCCAGUCUGGCAGAAGAAAACAGACACUUGAGGAUUAAAUUGAAUGCCGAGUUCAACACCUUAGAAGAAAGGCAGAAAGAGAAUGAGAGAGCCCUGACAGAAACAAGACACAGAUCACAAGCCCUGUCCAUGUGGUUAAAUGUGUACACGAGCGAACUGUCCAGGAAGUUAGACACACAGUCAGCUGGACAGUUCGUUCGUAGAUCCCUACAACGCCAGAAGUUGCUUUGUAUGUCACCAUUGUUCAGUUAUUGUUAUUGUUGAUUAAAUAUGUGAUUGAUAUAUUAA